GACGGCCACGGGACGCCCAGUUCGGCUGUGCUCUUAUUUAUAAUCUGUUUGGUCCUCUUUCUCUUACAUACUCUGUGCCGUGUGCAGUUCAUUUGGAUGAGCUGUCAGUCUGUCAAUGUAAUAAAGUAAAAAUUUGAAGAAUUACGGAAAUUAUUAAUAUAAAAUCUUAUAGAAAUGAAUGACAACGAAAAAGAAGAGGCUGCUAAUCUGAAAGAAGAAUUUGAAUGGGUGCUACGUGAAGAAGUACACUCUAUAUUACAUCAGCUCCAUUCAGUAUUAGUCGAAUGUGCUCACAGGUUUCCUGUGCCUUUAUAUGGGAAUGAAGGACAAAAGCAAGAUAAAUUCAUUCUUACUUCACAACCGGAGCAGCUUAAAUGUAUUGUCACCUUAACUGGUGAUAGCAUUAGUCAUGCAGAUAUCAGUUUUAAAGUUUUAAGGCAAAUGCAUUCUAUAUGUCGCACUUCAAUCAACCAAGAUGGGCCCUGGAAGCUACAACAGAUACAAGAUGCAGCAAACCAUUUGCAGCAGGCUAUAGGUUACAUUGACAAUGUUGAUAAACACUACGUGUUCAGGUCUUCAGAGGAGGUCUUACAUAUUAUACAAUGCCUUCUUGGUUCCCUACAGAGGGCUAGGACUGCCUUAGUUUUACCUAAGAAGAAAACGAUAGAUGAGCUUAUGAAGAGUAGAAAUAUGAAAGCAUUAUCCCCGAAUCUGCCUGAAGAUUUAGCAAUAUCAUUCUACAUACAGUCCCAUAAGCUGAUAUUUGUAGCGUACCAGUUGAGUUCUGUACAUGGUACAAUGCGUAUAGACUCGUGUCAGGCGGAUUGUGCUGUGCCCUGGUUGAGCGAUGUUCUGUUUAUGUUAACGGCAGCAUUACAUAUGUGUCAACAGCUAAAAGAUAAGUUAUGCGUAUUCUCUCAAUACAAAGAUUUUACUGUUGGUUCAAGAUCUGCUUCAAUGGUGUUCAAUUGAGAUAUAACCCUAGAAAUUCGCUGCAUUGAAGUUUCAACAUAUUGUCAUCCCUUACAUUAUCUUUGACAAAAUAGAGACGACAAUAUGUAUUAACUUUGCAGUCGAGAUCUUGUAGAAUCAAGCUAGCCGCUUAACACGUCCAACAAUCUUCAGUUAUAUUUAUUGCAUUUAUAAUUAAUAUAUAACACAAUAUGUUAAUAUUACAACCUUCACGAAUAUAACAAUGAGUGGUAUUCACAAUGAAAACAUGCGUUUAUAAUAUACAAUAGAAUCAUAGAAAUAUUUUGCAUUUCAAAUACGAAAUAACUUGGCAAUAAAUUUAUUAUUUUUAAAUGUUAAAUAAUAGAAAAAGAAAAAAAAGAGACUUUAUCAUUAACUUACUAACUAGAGUGUCUUGACAGGCGGACGGCUGGCAAAGUGAUCCUAUAAUGGUUCCGUUCUUUUCUUUUCUAAGUACGGAACCCUAAUAACGUCUAAAACACUCCGUAUAUUCGUCCGGUGUUGGUACUGACUAGUUUCGAGCACAUGGAGGCCCUUAAGGGUGAUGUGUCGGUGUAUCCACCAGGCGAACAUGCUUUAGUGUUGCAGCCCUUUUUAUAUAUGUUUUGAUUUUUUUUAGGAUUCCGUAUCUCAUAGGAAAAAAAACGGAACCCUUAUUCACUUUGUUGUCCGUCUGUCAAGACCCUUUUUUAUGUUAUGUCCGCACUUUCAUUGUGAUAAAACUCAUUAAAUUAUAAAUCCUAAUUGGUUAAUAAAAUUAAAUAUAUAACUAAACAUAUAUAUCUCUAUUAAUACAUAGUUAUGGUGUCCAUUGUUGAUAUUCUUGUUGAGUAUGUUGUAAUAUAUAGAGACAAUGUAUUAUAUAAACACUUAGUUUAAGAGAACAUAUGUAUUGAUUGAUAUAUAAGAUAAUUUAUAGCAUAUAAUACACUUUUAUUUAUAUCUUUUAGGUUUAGUCUGUCUAAACUCCUUUUAGUGAUAAACUUUAUAUUUCUGGUGCUUUCAAAGAGCUUUGUGCUAUUUAUAUUUAUUUUAUGUUAUCUUACGGUGUUUCUAUUAAGUUAUUUAUUUUAAAAUUUUCGAACGAUACAUGUAACAUGACUUAACUGAUUAUAUACAAAUGCUUGACCAAAUUACGUUAUGAUUAAAAAAAAGUAAUUGUCUAUUUCGUUUAUUUGUG